AUGAUGGGUUUGGUGUUCGAACUUAUGCGAAUGGAAAAUGUUCACACAUUUUUGGAACAAAGUGACGACGAUGAAGAAAGCGAAUUAAAUUUAAAUUCCAUUGAAAAUAUUGUUUAUAUACCACCACCAGCAGUUGAUAAUCAAAACGAUGAAGAACAAAUUGAUGACAAUAUUAUUACUGGCGUCGAUUUGGAUGCGUUGUGCGAAAUCGCUGGUGAAGUCGAAGUAGAAUACACGUCACUAAAUGACUUCGCUGCUCCACUGUUAGAUACUGCAACGAAACAGACUAUCUCAAGCUUUCAAAAGCCAAAGUGGAAAAAAACUAAGAUCACAAAGUUUAGAAAUCAUCACAAUGCAACUGCUUUAUUUGAAAAACAAAAUGAGCUUAUUGCUAAACUCAGUGGCAAAAAUGUGGUGGAAUAUGUGGAACUUUUUUUGGACGACGAAGUUAUUAAUUAUAUAGUUGAACAAACAAACAUAUACGCACAUCAAAAUAAUGUUGGCUCAGAUGUCUGCAACAAAACCAAUAUAGUACGGUUUAUUGGUUUUCUGUUACUAACAGGGUAUCAUACUGUUCCUCAAGUAGAAUUAUAUUGGAGCAACAAAAGUGACUUAGGUGUUCCAAUUGUUCAACAAGCAUUUUCACGAGCUCAAUUUCGAACUAUUAAAAAGUAUAUACAUUUAGCCAAUAAUGAAACACUGAAUUCGAUGGACCGUUUUGCAGAAGUCAUACCACUUAUCAAUCUGAUGAAUAAGAAAUUUAUGCAGUUUGGUAUUUUUGAGGAGCAUAUUUCAAUUGAUGAGCAAAUGGUGCCUUAUUUUGGAAGACAUUCUUGUAAAAUGUUUGUUCGGUCUAAGCCAAUUCGUUUCGGGUUUAAAAUAUGGGCAUUAGCAUCAAGUGAUGGUUAUAUAUUUAACACUAUUCCAUAUGCAGGAGCCUCACAACCCUACGAUAAGAAGUUGGGUUUGGGUGCACAUGUUGUGCUCGAAUUACUUAAAAAUGUUGAGAACCCACAACAUCAUUUAGUGAAUUUGACUACAGUUACUACAGUUGUUACUUGGCAGGGCAAUGCAACUGUUACAGUUGUUACAAAUUUUGAAUUAAUAAACCCAUUAGGAAAAACUCGACGUUACAAUCGAAAAGAACACAAAUUUGUUCAUAUCAAUCAACCCAUCGUUAUAAAAAAUUACAAUUCAUACAUGGGUGGAGUCGAUAUGGCUGAUAAUGGGAUAUCCAGCUAUCGGAUCAAUGCAAGGGGUAAAAACACUUAA